UUUAAUCGGAUCUACAUUCUGCCGAAUUGCACAGUUCUUAGUUAUAAUUGCACAAAGCAAUUUUAUUUACCCAAGGCACAUCAAGGCACAUACGUAUACGUACAUACUUUCACUUUAAACUUCCUGCGGUAGAUUUCCUGUAGGAAUAUACAAGCACUCAUAUCCUGAUCACCUACUAUAUAAACACCAUCAAUAAUUAUUUGCCGAAUACAAUUUUUCUACAUUUACUUGACUGUCGUAUCAACGUUGUCCCAAGUUUUAUCAAAAAUGGCUGAGCUGUACAUUGCUUUGGAUGAUAGAACAGAAUACAAUUUAGCAGAGGAUGUGUAUUCAGACCCCAGUGAUGUCUUCUUAGGAAGCAACCUAUGGAGAGAAAGAAGACACACCAAUUUAGACUUACUGAAAGCAGCAGAAGCUAAAGAUGUCGACAGAUAUGUUCAACUCGCUGGUGGGCUAGACCAGGCCUUGUUGAGGAUCGUUAUGGAGAAGGACGUCACUAAUUUUCCCGAGGGAAAGAUCAUACUGUUUGUGAUUGAGCUCCUAAGAAGAGGGGCAAAAGUUAACUGUACCAACGCUAGAGGAGACAUGCCUCUUCACCUCUCAGCAAUGAGAGGGUUUGUGGAAUUAGCCAGGGAGCUGAGAAAAUGGGGAGCCGAGCCGAACGUUUGCAACUCUAAUGGACAUACCCCGAUGGAGAUGGCAAUUCAUCAGGGUCUCGGUGGGGCAGAAGACGUAGUGGAGAUGUACAAUGUGUUUGCCACUUUUAUUAUCAAGGAAAUGGAGCCGUCAAGAGUGAGGCAGUGCUUUCUGUCAGAGGCUAACAAUCCUGCUAGACUGAGCUUUCACAAGCUACUUAACCAUCCUGAUAUGAAGGAAACAGUGCAAGCUGUGCUGGAUUGUCUGAUUGAGAGAGUCCCAGGGCGUAAGACCACUUACACAGUGCAUUACAGCAUCUUGGAGACUGACAAGGAUGGAACAGUUUUGGCUAGUAAAUCGGGACUGCCUGUCAAAAGAACCACAGUUUUCGAGGAAAUUGCUUGGAAGUGUAAUAAAGAAGCAGUCACUCACUUGUCUGUGCUGCUGCUGAUUCAGAGCAAGUGGAGGCGGUUUGCCAGGACCUCUUUCAUACUCUACUUUCUCCAUUGGGUGUUACUCAUGUCCGCUCUUGCUUGUGCUCUGGUCCUGGCUGCUAGUCGAGAAGACCCACGUGUCUAUGACCAGCCGCUGGAUGUUUUCAGAGGAUGCUGUGAGGGACUAAGUAUUCUUUUACUGACUUUGGCUGUUGUUAGUGAGGUCUACAAUGUCUUUCUAUGGAGAGGGCAGUAUUUCAAGCAGCUGUAUUUUUUCGUCAACAACUAUCUGAACAUCCUAACCAUGAUUUUUCUUGUAGUCUUAAUCCCACUUAGAAUCACUGGUAGUGACAUUCAGUGGGUGUUUGCCUCACUCGCGUAUGUUGGCUACAGCCUGAGGGUGUUCAAGUACUUUCAAGCAAUUCCAGUACUAAGCAAGUACCUAAAGAUUUUGUACCAAGUCUUGAUCAGAGACCUGAUCCCGUUUCUCCUGGUCUCAUUGGCAGUCACUUUCGUCUUCACUGGUGCUUUCUACUUUGCACUGAGAGAAGAAAUUCUGGUGUCUAUGCUAUCUGAUCCAAGCAGUAAUGUUACCACCCUUGGGAAUUCAUCACUGAGUGAGCAAUCGAUCAUUAACCAAACUACGGAACUCAGGACAAGCCUAGACAUCAACCCUGAAGAAACAGGAACCUACCCUCGGGUAUUCCUCACUGGUGUGCGGCUCAUUAUAGAGGGCCAAAACUUCUUGACCUAUUUUGGCAUUAGUGGAUAUCGUGUACUCGGUGUGUUGACGUACAUCCUUUUCCUCUUCGUGUUCCAAGUUAUCCUGCUCAACUUGCUUAUUGCUCAGAUGGCCGACACCUACUCGAGCGUGCAAGAGGAUGCACAAAGGGAACUCAUCAUCGAUCAAACAAGAAAUAUUGCCAGCAUUGAACGGACUGGCCUGUCAACACUGAGAUGUAUAACUGAUUUCUUUAUCCGUGAAGAAACAUGGAAGAAUCCAAAAAGUCAUGUGCAUAAGAUCAAUCAAAAGUCUCUUGUCACCAUUGACUCUAACACCAAACUCAUCAAAGGAGUCUUAAACCAUCACAGCCUACUUUUGGAGGAAAUGAGAGACUCUAUUGGUGAUCAAAAGAUGUCCCUUAGUCAAAGGAUUGAAAACAUCAUUAUGGAACAGAUGAAGAUUGCAAGCGAACAGAUGAAGGUUGCAAAUGAAGCUGGAAUCAAACUAGAAUGAACAUGCACGUAUGUCUAAAUGCUCUGAAUAUCAUAAUUAUGUACACCAAGUAUAUACAUAUAGUCACUACGUACUUUAGCCUAUAAUAUUAUAGAGACACUGGUGCAUGCAUGUUUAGAUAGUUGAAAGGGUACAUUCAUAUCAACACAAUUUGUUUUUCUAUUUACUAAAAGCAUGAGAAACUUCA